AUGCAUCUUCUGCAUUUCGUCUCUCUCUUCUCACUACUGACUCUCUAUGUGGCCGGCUUUCCCCUAGAUACGUUGAUCAAUGGCUCUCGUCUGCUUGCUCCACGUCAAUGCGUCUGGAAUGCUCAGGGCAAAUCGUACGACUGUGAUAAGUUCCUUCCUUCCUUGAAAGAUAUUGUCGAUCACCUGCCAGAUGGGAAUGACGCAGGGCUGGCGGAUGCUAAUCAUCAUGUUGCCUUCUACACCGGUCUUGACGAGAAUCCUGAGGCCACGGGACUUCUGAUAGCCAGUGGUUUCGCAGCCGGAGCCCCGCGCCAAAUCCUCCAAUUCAGUGGUGCUGGUACUAUGACUGCGCGACCCGAAGAUCGCUAUCAGACCUUUGUCGACUGCUACUCGCAGGCGCUAGCCCUUGCUGUCAUUAAACCAGACGUGUGUCUUUUCACGCCUCGAGACGUGCGCCCUCGGGAAGAUUCUGCUUGGAUUCAGUACGAAUACUGGGCUCUUACCAGGAAUCCCAACGUGAAGCGAAUUUGGAAGAUCGAUCCACGAGAUGCGAGUGAAAUGGAUGAGCUGACGGAUGAGGAGAAGUGCCACUUCAAUGAGCCGCACGUCUUGUGGGACAGAGAUAAGGGUGGUCAAACACUGCCUCCGGCUUUGGCCUGUCAUGUCAAAUACGCCGCAGACGGCGAGCCUCGGACUAAAUGGCCCCCAACUAGUGGGUAG